CCGCAGCCGUUAAUGUUGGUCGACGCAGGGGUGUGUUGUCAUCAUACGUAAAAAAGGGGAGUCAAUCGAUAAAUUAGCGAAUGAAAAAAAGAUAAAUUGUAGAGAAAUUUGUGUGGCCUAGUGGAUUCCUGUGGAAAAUUAAUUUAAGAUUAAAUCAAAGUAAAUUUUAAUUUUGAGCAAAAAAAUUUUAUAAAAAAAUGAUCGGUGGUUUGUUUGUAUACAACCACAAAGGCGAAGUUCUAAUUAGUCGGGUCUAUCGAGAUGAUAUCGGCCGCAAUGCAGUGGAUGCGUUCCGAGUCAACGUCAUCCACGCUCGCCAGCAAGUACGAUCUCCAGUAACUAAUAUAGCUAGGACAAGUUUUUUUCAUAUAAAGCGUGCCAAUAUUUGGUUGGCUGCAGUGACCAAACAAAAUGUAAAUGCUGCCAUGGUUUUUGAAUUUUUACUGAAGAUCAUUGAGGUCAUGCAAUCGUAUUUUGGUAAAAUUUCGGAGGAAAAUAUAAAGAACAACUUUGUUCUAAUUUAUGAAUUGCUGGAUGAAAUUCUUGAUUUUGGUUACCCUCAAAAUACUGAUUCCGGUACUCUGAAGACAUUUAUUACUCAACAAGGAAUCAAGUCAGCAACGAAAGAAGAGCAGAUGCAAAUUACUUCUCAAGUUACUGGACAGAUUGGUUGGCGACGUGAAGGCAUUAAAUAUCGUCGCAAUGAACUCUUUUUAGAUGUUUUGGAAUAUGUCAACUUGCUUAUGAGCCCUCAAGGUCAAGUGUUGUCUGCUCAUGUAGCUGGUCGCGUUGUUAUGAAGUCCUAUUUAUCAGGCAUGCCGGAAUGUAAAUUUGGCAUUAACGACAAAAUUGUAAUGGAAUCGAGAGGACGUGGACUAUCUGGAAAUUCUGAAGCCGAAACAUCUCGUUCUGGCAAACCAGUUGUCGUAAUUGACGAUUGUCAAUUCCAUCAGUGUGUUAAAUUGAGUAAAUUUGAAACAGAACACUCCAUAAGUUUUAUACCGCCGGACGGUGAAUUCGAAUUGAUGCGUUAUCGUACAACAAAAGAUAUAUCGUUACCAUUCCGCGUUAUACCACUAGUUCGAGAGGUGGGACGCACUAAAAUGGAAGUUAAAGUUGUUUUGAAGUCGAACUUUAAGCCAUCGCUAUUAGGACAGAAAAUUGAAGUGAAAAUUCCAACGCCCCUUAAUACAUCCGGUGUUCAAUUGAUUUGUCUGAAAGGAAAAGCUAAAUACAAGGCAUCUGAAAAUGCCAUUGUAUGGAAGAUCAAACGCAUGGCAGGCAUGAAAGAAACCCAAUUGUCGGCUGAAAUUGAACUUCUUGAAACAGACACUAAAAAGAAAUGGACUCGACCACCAAUAUCUAUGAAUUUUGAAGUUCCAUUUGCUCCGUCUGGAUUUAAAGUUCGUUAUCUUAAAGUAUUUGAGCCCAAAUUGAAUUAUUCUGACCACGACGUUGUAAAAUGGGUUCGUUAUAUCGGACGCAGUGGUCUUUACGAAACACGUUGUUAAAUGUAGCCUCCUAGUUGUAACCUAGUUGCAUACAUUCAAGUUAUUGUAUGUUGAAAAACUCAUUAACAAUACUUAUAUUUGCAUUACCAACAAAUCGGCAAGUUCAACAUGUUAAAAAAUCCACAAAAGAAAUUUAUUUUUACCAAUUUGAAAAAUUGGAAAAGAAAAUGUAAUAUGUAAUUCCAAUAAUAUAUACAAUAUACAAUCUACCACAUAACUGUAUUAGUUAAUAUGUAUUUCUAAUUUCUAAAAAUUCCCCUACUCUCGCUAUCUUAUGUUUGCUUUUUAAUUUUCGGGAACAUUUAACGUAUUUUGUGUUUUUAUAAAUUAUUUUUCUUAUCUUAUAUAAAACCAUAUUUGAAUAUUUCGCAUCUUAACGCUGUAGAUGUGAAUUGAAGCAUGUUGAGGAUUUUUUUUUAUUUUGUUUUAUUUUUCAAUUUCUAAAGAGCCUAAUUCGUUUGUCGGAUAUGACAUCAAUUACGAGUCACUACAAAAAUUUAUACUAAGUAAUGUCUCGUUAUUCAAAAUAUAUUGGUAAAUGUAAAAUACAUUAUAAAUAAUAAAAUGUUUAAAAACCAA